AUGAUAGCAAACGAGACCACGCCUCUGAUCCCUCCAAGGCGCUUGAAAAAACCUAAAACGCCUCUUCCAAAACUCCAGAUAGGCAUACUCAUGAUGAUGCAACUUGCAGAACCCAUCGCCUUGACGUCUAUAUUCCCGUACAUCAAUCAGCUUAUCAGAGAACUUGGAAUCACUGGAGGGAACGAUGCGGCUGUAGGAUAUUAUGCUGGAAUCAUUGAGUCUUUGUUUUUCGUCGCGCAGGCACUGACAGUGCUGAAGUGGAGUCGGGUGUCUGACCGCGUCGGGCGUAAGCCGGUGCUACUAGUUGGACUAUCAGGAGCUUGUAUUUCGAUACUGUGUUUCGGCCUCUCGACGACCUUCUGGAGCCUUGUCAUUAGCCGCUGCAUGUGCGGUGUUCUGAAUGGCAACGUUGGAGUUAUGAAAACCAUGAUGGCAGAAUUGACGGACUCGACAAAUAUGGCUCAGGGAUUUGCGUUGAUCCCGAUCGUCUGGAGUAUUGGAUUCUGCCUUGGUCCUUUAAUGGGCGGAACGCUCGCGCGACCGCAAGAUCAUUGGCCUGCAUUAUUUGCCAAUCCAUUUUGGGGAAAAUACCCAUACUUUCUGCCUUGUGCAGUGGCUGCCUGUCUGUUCGUCGUGGUCAUUUUAGUACAGUCACUCUUUUUAGAAGAAACAUUAUCAACAAAGCGCCGACCAAAGUUGGCAUCAACUACGCUCGGCGUUUCAAGCGAUGCCGACAGAGAAGCACUUGCUAAAAAAUCCAUGGCAGAUAUGCCCUUGCGAUCUCUGCUCACACCUAGCAUUGUUAUCCCAAUUGCAAACUUCGCCAUGCUCGCCUUCCUUGACGUUUCUCUCAGGGCUCUCAUGCCUCUGUUCAUGUCGACGCCGACCUAUCUUGGCGGCCUUGGAUUUUCUCCUUCUACUAUUGGUUCGUGGCUGGCGGUCUUGGGGAUAGUGGAUGGUAUAUUUCAAGCAUUGUUCUUCGCCAAAAUCGUCAAUUGGCUCGGUCCAAAGUGUCUAUUCUGUGUGUCAGUGUCGUUAUUCGCACCAGCCAUGGUUAUGUUUCCGAUAAUGUCAUGGCUUGUGCACACAAGAGGGGUGGUUGAUCAUACAAUCACGUUUUCCUUGCUUGUACAACUAGUUCUGACAGUCAUAUGGGAUAUGGCAUUUGGGACUGUCUUUUUGUUUGUCACAGCCUCUGCCCCUACAAAAAAUGUUCUUGGUGCUAUUAACGGCCUUGGCCAAACCUCUGCGUCGGUAGCUCGUGCCAUUGGGCCCGCCUUGGCGACUUCGCUCUUUGCUUUGUCAAAGGAACACAAUCUUCUCUCAGGAAACGCAGUAUAUGUCGUCUUGAUUGUGAUGGCUGGUGCAUUGAGAUGGCUGGGGUCGCAGUUGCCAGAUGAAGUACAAGACAGGGACGAGUGA